AUGCUGCGGAUACAAGGGCAGCAGGGCUGGGUAGGGUCUGGGCCGAGUGCGCAGUGGAUGCUGAGAGAGAGAGAAGAAAAAAAAAAAAAAAAAAAAAACACACUGCAGCUUCUUGUCGAAAUGGGUAUCAUUUUGAGAUGCAACUGGCACACUUUUACGGAUGCAUGCUUUAUACUGAAUUCAAGACACUCCUCGCGUUGUAAUGAGGGCCAUAAGAUGUUUUUUUCAAAUGUCUAGGCUUAGGUAAAUUGUUGCAAUAAAUAAAUGCAACGUUUUUGUCAAUUCUCGGCUGUCCUUUUUGGUGCAGAUUUAUAAUCACCCUAAUCCUCACAAAUCCUUCAGUUAAGCACCAUGCUGACCAGUAUCACUGAGGGGAUCCUGUGCUGUCUGACUGGGAAGGCUGCCAGCCUGGUCUUACCCCUGGAGUCAUCAGAACCCUCUGACGGGUUUGAGUUUGUGGAGGUGAAACCUGGGAGAGUUUUGAGAGUGCGACAUAUCAUCCCUGAACGUCCGCCUGUAGUGACUGAAGACCAGACUCCAGACACGGAGGCGGCAGAUGACCAAUGUGAUGACGGCUCUCCUGAGGAUUCUAAUACUGAGGCCAAAACAAGCAGCAGCGUCCACUGCAAGAGGAAGAUCACCGUCUACCGCAAUGGCCAGCUGGUGAUUGAGAAUCUCGGAGAUGUUUUGCACUCUGAGAUCCUGCAGUGUCAGGAUGGGGAUCUGGAGCCCUGCAGUACUGUAGAGGUGGAGCUGGCUGACUACAAAGAAAUGGCCUCUUCUCCAGACCCCAACCCUGUUCCUCCGCCAGUUCCCCCACCUCCUGGAGAACAGAAACCUGCUCCACCUCCUCGCCGGCGCCGCCGCAAGCCUAAGCGCACUGUUUUAAUAGACUCCAAGAGGGUGAUUUCAAGCUGCAAAGGUACACACUCAGAUGUAGCGCUGUUCUUUGUGCAUGGUGUAGGAGGCUCUCUGGACAUUUGGAGCAGCCAACUGGACUUCUUCUCUCGGUUGGGCUACGAGGUGAUCGCACCAGACCUCGCAGGACAUGGAGCGAGCACUGCCCCACAGAUUGCAGCAGCAUACACUUUUUAUGCCCUGGCAGAGGAUCUACGUGCCAUCUUUAAGAGAUAUGCCCGCAAACGCAACAUUCUUAUCGGCCACUCAUAUGGAGUCUCAUUUUGCACCUUCCUGGCACAUGAGUAUCCUGAUCUGGUCCAUAAAGUGGUGAUGAUCAAUGGAGGUGGUCCCACAGCUUUGGAGCCCAGCCUCUGCUCCAUCUUCCAGCUGCCAUCGUGUGUCCUUCACUGUCUGUCGCCCUGCCUGGCCUGGAGUUUCCUCAAAGCUGGAUUUGCUCGUCAAGGCGCCAAAGAAAAGCAGCUGUUGAAGCAGGGCAAUGCCUUCAAUGUGUCUCCUUUUGUUCUGCGUGCCAUGAUGAGUGGUCAGUACUGGCCUGAGGGGGAUGAGGUCUACCAUGCUGAGCUCACUGUGCCCAUCCUCCUGGUUCAUGGCAUGUGUGACAAGUUUGUGCCCAUGGAUGAAGACCAGCGGAUGGCAGAGAUCCUCCUGUUUGCAUUCCUAAAAGUCAUUGAGGAAGGAAGUCACAUGGUCAUGAUGGAGUGUCCUGACACAGUUAACACCCUCCUCCAUGAGUUCUUUUUAUGGGAACCUGACAUGUCCAGAAAAGACAGCAAGGACAGCACAGAGAAGACAGUCAGUGACACUCUUCAGACACUGAGAUUCAAUAAGUCAAUGGACAAAUAACCAAAGCAGUCUAGUUUCAUGACGGAAUCAAGCAGAAGGCCUUUUUUGCCAGUUGACAUGGGUUCCUAAGGCUGCUCCAAGGCUGAGAGCUGUUAUAAACAGGGCCACAUCUUAAAGAUGAGGAAGGCCACUGGUGCUCCAAGAUAAAGCAGGACUUAGACACGGUGUCAAGAGAUGGACGAACAUACAGAAAGGAACAGAUGCAAAUACACAGUCAGUUUCUGCUUUGCUUUUGAUACCAUUUUGUGCUCUAUUGCGCCUUUUUUUUUUUUUUUUUUCAGAAUGACAAUAUGUGGAGUUUGAAAGAAUUAUGUCUAUUUGUGAUUUGUGUAUGAAAUGUUUCUGAUUACUAGAAGAUGCAAAAGUCUUAAAAUUCAUGAAAUGGUGUCUGGAUUGCUUCAACUUCAUCUUAUAUAUUCUGUAAACUACUGCAGCCCAUCUGCUAAACCUUCAUGAAAUGAAAAUGAAGUUCUAAAUGGGCCCAUAUUAUGCCUGUUAUUAAUGGGAAACUGGUCAUAAUAUGCAGUGAACUAAGGAAUCACAGAUAUGAUUUCCAUGUAAGAUGAUGAAGAGCUGCUUAUACUGGGUGUUGGAGUGCAAAUCAUUUAAAGACACAUAUAUACUAUAUAUAGACAAGUACAUGCAAAAUGUAAUUACUAAUUGCACCACAUGCACAUUUAAAUCACUUAAUAUCUAAAAUACCAACAGAUUUAAUGUUCAGAUUCCAUUUCAGACACCUACAGUAUUAACCAAAUCCAUAGUUCAUAUCCAACAUCAAGAUUUUAUUUUAAAAUAAGCAAAUCUAUACUAAAUUAAAGAACUUUAUUUUGAUAUAAUACACUCUCAGAACCUCUAAACUUAAAAUACUACAUGUUAAGCACAAUGCAACCUAUUCAUCAGUUCAUGUCUGCAUGAAAACAUGAAUAACAUUCAGUAACUUGGUUGAGGUGAAAUGGUUACAAACACAAACAUGGAUGACAAAGGAUUCUCCUACUUCAGUAGUAUUUUACAGUGAUAUCCAAAGGAUGCAAAGUACCAAGGCCCUGCAUGACUUCAGAAAGUAAAAAUUGCCAUAUAUUCUUAUAUGAAAAGAUUCCCGAGGCAUUCCUCUAAUCAUUGGGUCUUAAUAUGUACUCAAAGUAUUAUUUUGCCUUUAUCUCAAACAACAGAAACUGCCAUAAUUGUUUAUGGUUGUACUGACCGCUUUAAGUUGUUGUGUCUCUAAGCUGUUAAAUGCAAAAGAAGUGUGUCCUCUUAGUACUCUCCAGUCCACCCUAUUUAUCUCUUAGUGUAAGUCUGAAUGAAUGAGCUUAACAUUACGCUCACUGAAAGACAUUCAUUUAUGGGUGUUGCUUUGUCUCAUAGUGGGACCGUUAUGUGCAAGUAAAAGCACAGUCUAAUAUGCUUCUUGACAGUGCUUAUCUGUUGACUACUGGUUGAUUUAAAACCUGGUGUCCAGUGCAUAUUCAGAUAUGAGUUGGCCUUUAGGAGGAAAUCCCCUUGAAAAGAGGGACACUCGCCACUCUGGUCUGUUAAAUAUGUAUUUUGAAUAAAAGGGGAUGCAACAAAGGUCUUAUGCAACUGGGAACAAAGAAAAAGAGAAACUAUGGAGAAUACACCGACCUAGCUGGCACUAACACUUCUAUUACAUUAUAUGUUCACUAUGAACUCUCCAAAAACCAACAAGUGCUGCUGAUGCUGUGUACUGUAUGUCUCCUUUGGUGUAAAAGGUCUGUAAAACUGUAUGGACAACAGGGUGCACAUGUACUUCCUCUUCUGCUAAAAGUGUGCAUAUACAAAUUGUCAGUGCUCCAGUGUGCUAUAUCUUUUUGUGGUUAAUAAAAUGUGUUAAUAUUACUGUUGCAUUUAUUCAUGGGAAUCAUAAUAUAUGCACUGCCUGAAUGUAGAUGCAUAUAACAUUAUAUAGCCUAUCAAAACAGUUGGAUUUAUUGUAUGAAUGUGCCUUUCCUGGCAUGAAAUAAAACAGAUGUUCACAGUC